UGCGCUUUUGUCCUGUGUACAAACAUAAAGACAGUGUGAGCUGGGGAAAGAGACGAUUCAGGUUGAGAGAUGAUACGUAGUGGCAAAGCUUUGAGAUCUGUUCGGUAUCGAUUCAUGGAGACAGGUAUCCUGACAACUUCUUUAUUCCACAGACCAUACGAAGAGUUCUUGUGUUUCGUCUGCGAACGAGGCUUUUCUGGUGAUAGCGGCAGAAAUCGCACUUCUUACAAAGAGAGAUUGAGAAUUGGGAUUAUUGGUAUUAAGAAGGAUGAUGCUGUUGCUCUCUUUCACUCCAUGAUUAGGUCUCGUCCUCUUCCUACGGUUAUAGAUUUCAAUAGACUGUUUGGUUUAGUUGCUAAAACAAAACAAUAUGAUCUCGUGUUGGAUCUCUGCAAGCAGAUGGAAUUGCAAGGGAUUGCGUAUGAUCUCUACACGCUGAAUAUUGUCAUCAAUUGCUUCUGCAGGCGUCGUAAACUCGGGUUCGCUUUUUCUGCUAUGGGAAGAUUAUUGAAACUUGGGUAUGAGCCUGACACAGUCACAUUCUCUACUUUGAUUAACGGUCUAUGUCUCCAGGGUAAAGUUUCACAAGCUGUGGAAUUAGUUGAUCGUAUGGUGGAAAUGAAGGUUCUACCAAAUCUCAUCAUACUCAACACUAUUGUCAAUGGGCUUUGUCUCCAACAUAGACUCUCUGAAGCAAUGGCUUUGAUUGAUCGAAUGAUGGAAAAGGGAUGUCGACCUGAUCAGUUUACAUAUGGUCCUAUUUUGAACAGAAUGUGUGAGACAGGGAACACUGCCUUGGCCUUGGAUCUGCUCAGAAAGAUGGAAUAUAGAAAGAUCAAGCCUGACGUAGUCACAUACAGUAUCAUCAUUGACAGUCUUUGCAAAGAUGGGAGCCUAGAAGAUGCACUCAGCCUUUUCAAUGAAAUGGAAACCAAAGGGAUCAAAGCAAAUGUCUUUACCUACAACUCUCUCAUUGGAGGAUUUUGUAAUGUUGGUAGAUGGGAUGAUGGUGCACAAUUUCUGAGGGAUAUGAUUACAAGGAAAAUCACCCCAGACAUCGUCACUUUCAAUACUUUGAUUGAUUGUUUUGUGAAAGAGGGAAAGCUUACUGAGGCUAAAGACUUGUACUAUGAGAUGAUCAAAAGAGGGAUAGAUCCUGAUACCAUUACAUAUAAUACUUUGGUAUAUGGGUUGUGCAACGGAAACCGCUUAGAUGAGGCCAAUCAGGUGCUGGAUAUAAUGGUUAGCAAAGGAUGCGAUGUUGAUAUUGUGACUUAUAGUAUCCUUAUAAAUGGAUAUUGUAAGGCUAAAAUGGUUGAUGAAGGUAUGAGACUUUUCCGCAAAAUGUCUCUGAGAGGAUUGGUUGCCAAUACAGUCACUUAUAGCACUCUCAUCCAAGGAUUUUGUCAAUCUGGAAAACUUAAUGACGCCAAAGAACUCUUCCAAGAGAUGGUCUCUAUUGGUGUGCCACCCACUGUUGUUACUUAUGGUAUUUUGCUGGAUGGGUUGUGUGACAAUGGAGAAGUAGAAAAGGCUUUGGAAAUACUUGAUCAGAUGCACAGUUGUAAGAUUGAUCCUGGUAUUGGUAUAUAUUCUAUAAUCAUUCACGGGAUGUGCAAUGCUUGUAAGGUCGACGAUGCUUGGGAUCUAUUCUGCAGCCUACCUUCGAAAGGAGUGAAGCCCAAUGUUAAGACAUUCACUGUAAUGAUCUCGGGAUUGUGUAAAAAAGGGUCAUUGCCUGAAGCAAAUACUUUGCUAAGAAAAAUGAAGGAAGAUGGGAUUGCGCCAAAUGAAUGUACCUACAACACACUAAUUCGAGCUCAUCUCAGAGGUAGUGACAUAAGCAAAUCAGUUGAACUCAUCGAAGAAAUGAAGAGGUGUGGCUUCUCCGCUGAUGCUUCCACCAUGAAGAUGGUUAUUGAUAUGUUAUCCAGUGGUAGAUUGGACAAAAGCUUUCUAGAUAUGCUUUCUUGGAAGCCUCAUUUAACUAUGAAACAGUCCCCAUUAGUGUUUACGAGUUAAUUGGGUUUAUUAGUGGAAACCAGUUUUUUGUUGUGUGAAACUACAACUGGAGUAUGUCAAGGGUCAAAAUGUGUGUUCUCUGGUUUUGUCAGUGAUCUAAUUAAACUGCAACAUUGGCAUUGGUUUGCUCUGUUUAUAGUUGACAAAAGGUUUUUUGGCUUAGGGAAAAUGGUCAAGAUAUUAACCACAACUGAGCCAAACUUGCAAAGAUUAAUGACACUC